AAGGCCCCCUUUCCCCUCCUGUGCUCGGUUAUUUGACACGAUCGAGGUCCAGGGCCCCCCCCCCCACCACCCGCGAGAGGAACGCCGCACGUACUAGGACGCAGGACGGUUUUGGUCCCCAAAUGACCAAAUGGAGGUGUCCAGGAUGCUUGUCGCCACCCCGCCACCCGGAAGCCAGCAUAGUGUGGAUAAUCCAAAAGGAAAAAAAAAAGCAAAGAUGCUUCCCAGGACGAAUACUGCUGAUGAGAUACCUGCUCCUUUCUGCUAAAGUGAGCAAUCGAGGUCAGCCACCAUCGGAUUUGGCCAAUUAAAGAUGCCCAAGAGACAAGGCUACUGCAGUUACUGCCACAUGCAGUACUCUAACCUGGAGCAGGAAACAAAAAUUAAGGGAAUUUGUCACCAGCAGACCCUCACUAAAGGAAAAACUAAAAGGAGUUCUUCAGGCAGAAGGAAAAUGAUUCCAGAUGGAAGCUCAGAGAUACAGGAAGUAAUGAAGAACAAUGGAAAGCACUUGUUCAGUGCUCAGCACAGAAACCUGACCAGACAGAGUAGACGUCGGCCAUAUUUCAGUGGUUUGAUGGAACGUUUCCUGCAGGAUGUCAUGCGACAUCAUCCGCAUUACGACCAAGAGGAAGACGGAUCAGCAGAGAACGAGAAUCCUGAGUCACCUGAUGUGGUUUUUCUGGAUGAAUUUAUUCCUGAAGAUCUAGAUGAUGAUGAUGAUGAUGAUUAUUUUGAUUUUGAUGAUGAUACUGAUACAGACAGCUGUGACGAGUUCUUCUCUGAUGUUUCUGAUACUGAGUCUUCUGUUGAAGACAUAGAUUUUGAGCCUAGUGACCCUCAGGAAUGUGAAAGGGAGCUUGCAAUUCGGCCAUCAGUUAUCCAAAAACUGGAGAAGGGACAGCAGCAGUCCUUGGAGUUUGGUUAUAGAGUUGAGAGUGGUAUGGAAAGUUCAGUAGAUGGUGGUCAAGGCACAAGUAGUGGGAAAAGCAUCAUACGCCCCCCAGUCAUUUGUAAUGCUCCUGCUAGUUGCUUACCUAGUUGUUCUUAUGAUAGAGGAGUCACAGCGAGCACUUCCUCUUCUCGGUUGGUAUUAGCCAUCGCUUCAGAGUCCUUUCCAAGUUGUGACACAGACCCAGCUGAGCCAGAGGAGGAUCCUACACCAUCCUCUCAUGACCAAGAGAAUCAGCCAGCUAAGCAGCCUUUAUGUCUCGAUUUAGAUAAAUUGAUCGCACAGAAUAAUCUCAGAGCCACAGGUACAGACUUUACACCUGCUGUUAGAUUCCGUGAACUUAGAAAUGCCAUGCUUGCUGUAAGAGUUGAAUCUUCAUCUGAAGAAGAAGAUGAAGCAGCAGGCCCCAGUUACACUGAGGCGCCUCCUGCCGCUGCCGAGCACUGCGAGGAUCUGCACUCGGAUCUCUAUGCAGCCGAAGAAGAAUACCCGGCGCUUUUGCCACAGCAGUGCUUAGUGAGUUCUGAAAUGGAUGGCGAUGAUUCUGAUCAGCUAGCAUCUGUUCCGCCCCAGUGGGCUGUGCAGGACUUAUGUCUUUGCCAGGAGGACGAGGACGAGGACGAGGACGAGGAGGAGGAGGAGGAGGAGGAGGAGGAGCUUGAUGAUGAUGCUGAAAGCUGUGGAUCUGAAAUUUCUGAUAUGAGUUUUGAUUGUGGCUCCUCUUGUAAUUCGCUGUUUGCUGUAUCUGAACUGUUUGACAGCGAAACAAGUGAUUCAGAUGACACUGAUGAUGACUUACAGUCUUCAAAUAACACGUCCAAUGCUUCUGGAACACCUUCAGCCAGUGCUUCCAGUGAUUCUGUUCAGGAGAUUGCCAGCGAUUCUCAAGUGAUUGCUGAAGAAGAAGUACGUCUUCAGAAUACGAAGCGCACCAGCCUGGUUGAUGAAAGCUAUGAUUCCAGUAGUUCUGAAAUGAAUUUCGAUGCUGGUGCCUCAUCUCAGUCAACUCAAGAUUGUCCCCCAAAGCCUGCAACAGCAGUGAACCUUUCCAAGAGGGAACACAGUCAUCUGGUUGAUCCAAGCUAUGGCAGUAGCAGCCAGUCUGAAGGAGGUGAUGAGUCUACCUCUGCAGGUGGUGAGCCCCCCGUGGUGAGAAGAAAAAGACUUAGGAAGAAGGCUCACGCUAGCUUGGUUGACGAGAGCUAUGGAUCAAGUAGUUCUGAAGCAAGUUCUGAUACUGAUACUUCUCUGGAUCGCCCUCAAACGUCUGCCAAAGGAAGAAAGAUGAAAGUGGCUGAUGAACCUGGGAGGAAUGUUGAAGACAUAAAUCUUCUGAAAGAGAAGAAUGCUGACCUUGUGGAUAUGAACUGUGAGUCUCAUGGUCCUGAAAUGGGUUUUCAUGCUGAUGCUCAAUUAGUGGCUGAUGAAUCUCAAGUAGCAGUUAAAGAAGUAAAUCAUCAGGAAGUAGAUAUUGACCUAGACAAUGAGAGUGUUCGAUCUAGCAUUUCUAAUCUAAGUUUUGAUGCUUUCCUUGAUCAGUCAGCUAAUGAUCAACCUCAAGGGGCUUUGGGUGAACUAAAUCUUAACGAGUUAAAUGUCGACAUGGAAGUUAAGAGCAAUGGGUGCUCCAGUUCUGAGUUGACAUUUGAUUCCGAUUCCCCUCUUCUGUCAGUUUCUGAGCGGUCUCAGCUGGAUGUUGAAAGACUAUGCGAAGAUGGCAUUAACGUGGAAGAUGAGAGCUGUGAGUCAAGUAGUUCUGACAUAACUUUUGAUUCUGAUAUUCCUAAUUGCUCAGUAGUUGGCCAACCUGAAGUAGCUGUUAAUGAGGAGAAACCUGUUGAUCUGGAAAAUAAGAGUAAUGAAUCUUGUGUUUCUGAAAUAACUUUUGAUUCUGAUAUUCCUCCUCAUUCAGGAAACGAUCCACCUGAAGUAGCUGUUGGAGUAGUCACUCAGGAAGAAGAGCACGCACACUUAGCGAGGAACAGUGACACGCCCAGUGACUCUCAACUGAGCUCCGACUCUCUUGCCCCUCUUCAUUCAGGGACCAGUCCCACUGAGGUAACUGUCCAAAAGAUGCAUUCUCAAAAAGAAGAUCAGGCACACACAAGAAAUGACAGUGAGCCUCCUAAUUCUGAACUAAGUGUGGACUAUGAUUCUUUUUAUCCAAAGACAGGACAUUUGGAAGAUCCCACUAAUGACAUAAACUUCCAGAAAGAACAACAUGUACACUUAGAAAACAAAAGUAAUGAAUUGAGUGUUUCUGAAACAAGAUUGAAUUGUGAUAUUCCUCCUUUUCAGUCAGUUAUUCGCAAAUGUGAAGUAAUUGUUAAAAAUACAUGGCUUCAAAAAGAAAAACAUGCUGAAUUACAAGGCACAUGUGCUGAAUUUAGAGAUUCUGAAGUAAGUUCAGACUCCAGUGUCUCUCAUGCAGUGACAGAACCUCAACUACCUGUUUUGAAGGAGGACCAUAUUGAUCCAGAAGGUGAAAGUACUGAACUUCGAGGUUUUCAAACAAAUUUUAAUAUUGAUGAUUGUCUUCAUCCAGUCAUUGACCAGCCUCAGCUAAAUUUUCUGAAGGAAAAACAUGACUUGAAAGACAACAUUGACCAACCUAGUUAUUCUCACACAACUUUUAGUUCUGUUCUUGCUCAUCUUCAGUCAUUGACUGAACGACAUCUUGAAGUGAUUAAAAAAAUGAACCUGUGGCAAGAAGAGUCUAUAAGCCUGGAAAAUAAGAUCAAUGAAUCUAAUGGUUCAAAAGUACUUUAUGAUUCUGAUGUUUCUUCACAUUCUUCAGUGGAUCAACUUGAAGUAGCUAUAAAACAAAUAAACCUUGAGAAUAAAGAACAAAUGUGCUUGGGAAAUAAGAACAACCAAUGUAACUACUCUGAAACAAAUUUGGACUCUGAUUUCUUGGUCCAGUCAAUAGGUGAUCAACCUAAAGUAACUACUUUGGAACCAGAACACAUUGAGCUGGAAGCUAAGCACGGUCAUUUGUGUGAUUCUGAUGACUCUCUUCAGUCAGCGGCUGCCCAGCCCAGUGAAACCAACACAAACAUAAGUCCUUGGAAGGAAAAAGACAUUGAGUUGGAAAGUAAGAGGGAUAAAGCUAAGGAUUUUGGAAUUACAUAUGAUUGUGAGGUCCUUCAGCCAGUGGCUUGCCAUACUGAAGUUAUUCAGAUCAACCAUUGGAAAGAGCAUGUUGACUUGGAAGAUAAGAUUGUUGAAUCUAGUGUUUCAAAGGUAAAUUUUAGUUCUGAUGAGCUUGUUCACUCUGUGACUAAUACAACUCAAGAACCUCUUAAAGAAAUGAAUGUACCAAGGGAGGAACAUGCUAGUUUGAAUAAUAAGGGCUAUGAGCCCCAUGGCUCUGGAAUCAUUUAUGGUACAAAUGUCUCUCUUCACUCAGUGAUUCAGCCACCACAAACUUUGCAAAAAAGGCAUGCCAGUUUGGAAGUUAGCAACGGUGAUCCUUAUCCUGAAAUGAACUUUGAUUCCAAUGACCCUUGUCAGUCAAGAACUGGCCAUCUUCCAAAAACUGUCAAAGAAAUGAAUCUGAAGGAAGACCACAUUUAUCUGGAAGAUAAGAGCUACAGACUGGUUGAUUUUGAAGCAAGUUACGAUUCUGAUGAUCCUGUUCAGUUUGUGACGGAUCCAUCUGUGGUGAACGAGUCUGUCAAAGAAGUCAACUCACCAAAGCAGGAUCAAAGUGACCUGGAAAAUGAGAACUACCAGCCUUGCAGUUCUGGACUCAGUUAUGAUUCUAGUGUUCAUCUGCAGUCAGAAGUUGAUCCAUUUCAAGUGGCUCAGAAAGAAACAAACCUUCAGAAGGAAGCAUUUCUUGACAUGGAAGAAAAAUCCAAUGAAUCUAGUGAUUCUGAGAUGUAUGCUUCUGAUGUAUCUUUUCAAAUAGUAGUUAACCAGUGUCAAACAUCUGAUGGAGAGGCAGAUUCUCCACAGUUGGUCUUUGUGGAUGUGGCUAGUGACAGUGAUUGUGACCGUGAAGUAAUUUCUGAUCCACACAUUUCUCUUCAGCUAGAGACUGAUCCACCUCAGAUGACCAUCAGAGAAACCGAUGAUGCAGAACCUACUGGCUCUACACUGGUAGGAAAUCACCACUGCGAAUUCUGUGGUUGUAAAUUAAGAUACGAUUAUGAAUCCUCUCUUCAAUCAGUGACAAACCAAUCCAAAGAGAGUUUCAAAAUAAUAAACCGGAAGAAUGACUAUAUUAUCCUGGGAGACUCCACUUGUCAGUCUUGUGGUCAUGAGAUAAAUUUUAACAUUGAUUCCUCUGAUCCAUCUAUGACUUACCAGUCACAAGGGCCUGAUCAAAAUUAUAUUGAUCCAGAAAAUAGGAGCUGUGAAUCUAAUUACCUUGGAGAAAAUUUCAAUUCGGAAGACACUUCUCAGCCAGUGACUCAACAACUGCAGAAACCUAAUGAAGAAGCUGAUCUUGGUGAAGAGGUAAGAGAUGUUGGCCUCCAAGAUAAGAACUGGGAAUCCAAUGUUUGUGCAGUAAAUCGUGCUGCCUUUACUGUGUCAGUAAUCCGCCAAACAAGACAACCAGAUGUAGAAAAUGUGAGCUAUCAGUCUUGUGAUUCUAGGUUGGCUUUUCAGCAUGAUGCUUCUCUCCAGUCUUACACUGCUCAUCCUCAAGAAGUGGUUAAGAAAAUACGCCAACGUAAGAGAGUGACUUUUGACCGGAGAGUAAAGAGCUAUGUAAUCCCCUCAUCAGAUUCUACUUACAUAUUUGAUUCUCGAAGUAACCUGGAACAAAUAGAGUUCAUGGAAGAUGAUCCUGAUGAACCAGUCCUUGAAGCCUUACCUCACAUACCUCCUUGUGAGGACAAAACAUGGCCUCAAAUGCAAGAAGAUGGUAGUGACUCUAAUACCAAAAACGCUCUUUUGGAUGAAGGAACGCCUCCUUGGUCUGACUUUAGUCAAGACACUGUAUCUGUUCAGUAUCCCCCAGAUCAGGAAGAUAGUAGAGGCAGUACUGAAGGUGUUGAUGACUUUCCAGGGAUCUCUGGCAGACCAUGCUCUCCUUCCCAAGCAGAAGGACUUCAUACACAGCAUUGGCAUGUGGCUUCUCAGAGCCAGACAGCAACAGUCAGCCAUGAAACUCAGAGUAGUUGUUCAAAGCACAUGUUGAAGAAAAGAAAAAUGACUGGACAAGAAGAGACACCUCCCAAAAGGAAGCAUUUAGAAAGUGGCAGUAAGGAGGGAAAAAGAGCCCAAUUUCAGACUGCUGAAGUUUCUGCAUCACAAACAGAAAUUUUAGAAGCUCCAUCACUUGAUUCCCUAAUAAGUGCUUUUAAUUCUUUAAGUAUCAAACCGAAGGAAAGCAAAUCUUUCAACUCUCCUAAAAUGAAGCACUGUAGUUCGGAUGACAACUCACAAAUUUUAUACACAUGUAAAGCAGAUAACCUUAAUGGCCCACUGCGUAAGAACACUGUAAUUAAACCUCCACAGAAUCAAAUAAAACCAGACUUGUACAAGUGUGAGAUGAUUGACAUUGAUCUUAGUAGGAAUGACCUGAGUGUAGAAGAGAAUGCUGGUAACAGACAAAACCUUGCUUCAACAUCUUUUAUGACAACACCAGAAAGAUCUGUCCUCCAUAGGACCAGUCAACCUUAUGCAUUUCGAGAAACUUCAAAGAACGUGAAUGCUAGUGAGAUUCCCAAGGAGAAUUUCCAACUAACUCUUUCAAGUCAUGAUGGUGCCAAAAUCUCUUCCCAAUCAGUUAGAAGUGAGUUUUGCAAAAAGAAAAGUAAAAAGAACAUUUGGACAAAGAAGACGACAAGUAAGAAAUCACAUUUUACCAAAAAUGCUUACAAAGAAGUUACCCACCAGCAAGAAUCCAGACUAGCUGCAGAAAAACUGGCAAUUUGGACUCAGAUAAAAGCAAGCGAUAUAAUUAGAAAGUAUGUUUCCAGGUUCUCUGGUGUUUUGUGUCCUGUUAGACAUCCAUCCAGGACCACUCUUGCUAGGAUGCAGCUUAGACAGUCCUUGGCCAGGAGCAUACAGGAGGCAGAGGGACCACCUGAGGCACUUGUGAACUCCUCAGCCCCACCAGCUGGUGCUGAAGAGCAUGUCGUGGCUGUGGCGGGUCCUUCUCAUCAACCAGUUGAGUCUCUUUCCAGCACUGCAGGUAUAAAGCACGGUACUAAAAAGUACCGUCGCAGAAAGAAAAGACUUAUAACACCUGUUAGAGAAUAUGAUUUGAGAAGUUCAUGUUACAUACCAGAUUCUGAUAGAAUGGUGACUCGGCUUGCAAGCAAAUUGAGAAGUAAUGAGGUAAAAUAGGAUUGUGCAUGUGUCAUAGCUCAUUGAGAAUCCAGUACUUCACUUGAAAUACAUUUGGAACUUUAGUGCACAUAGUUUUCCCAACUUUGCUGGGGAAACUGACCUUAAACUAUUUUGCUAUAGAUAUUAUUUUUCAGAAAUUUUAUAUCCAUUUAAAAUUAGUGUUUAGGGUCCUUUUUUUAAAGAUUCAGAAGCAGCCUGUGUCCCGUUUCCAUAGAAGAGCUUAAUCUUAAUUUGUCACUAUAAUUUAGCGUAGUAUGUAGAACCUUUGUUCCUUAAAUCAAAUGUCUUUAUUUAAUGUUUAUGAAAAUCCUUUGUGCCAACAAGUUAUAACACUGGGAGAAUGAACAUAGCAAAUUAAUGAGAUCUCUUUAAAAACUGAACAAAUCUAUAUGCACCUAGGUUCUCCAUUUUGAACUGGCAUCAUUAAUAUAGUAUUCUACACUGAUAAUUAGAAGGAACUGUGUGUGCUAUCUCAAUUUUUGAGCAUGAUUAACUUAAUCACAAAAGUAGUUCUCUUUUAAAACCAUUCCACAGAGUAAUCUUUAAUCUAGUUUUUAAAAAGUGCCUGGUGAUUUUAUAUACUAACACAAAUUCUUUCUCCUUCAUUUAAAUUGGAUCCUCAAGUCUGUAGCUUACCUCAUUUGGACGUAUGUACUCAUAAAUCUCUUACUUAGCAUUAUUAGGUCGUAUAUGGAAGUCAAUUUUGCUAAUGUGAUUGGGCUUUUAAAACCACCUUUAUUCCCUUGUACUUGAAGGGCUGGUGGUUUAUUGUGAAAAUCCAGGCAAUCUUAUGGCCUUACUUACUAAUACUCCAGGCAUUAUUGAAAUUACUGGCUUGGUAGUAUUUGGGCAGGCCAUUCAUUAAUUGCUGUAAGUCAAAAACUUCAACAUUUUAAAAGAUUGAGUCAAACUAGUCACCUUAGUAGAGACCCAUUUUGCAAGUGAAAAACCGUAUUUGUACAUUAGCUUAUUUUAAACUGUCUGAUUAUUUUAAACUAAUCAGAUAGUUUAAGAUUAAACUAAUGCGAUAAUUUAACUUAAACUACCUAAUUGAUUUAAAGAGUUCAGAUAACGGACACACCGAUACGCAAUGUAAGCCUAGCGUACUUGAACAUACUCAGAUCCUUUUAUUCAGGGACAUUGACUGAGCUGGUACAGAUGCAUCCUGUUACCCUGUUCAGCUAAGGACCUGGAUCUUUUUCUGUCAUUGAUGUUAAGGGGAAAUAUGAAUUUUCCCUAGAUUGUGUAACUGCUAUAUUUUAUUGAGACUAGAGUCAGUGUUAAGAUGUAUCUUCACUUCAGAGACAAAAAUGUGUUUUCUUAGGAUUAAUGAAAUAUGAAUGUGGUUUUAUUUUAGGAGCUAUUUUUUAACCUGUGGUGAUAAAUGGACAAUUGUAAUUUUAGUUGCAAAGUAAGACAUGUAUAGCAUUUUUUUAAACCUUGCCUCCUUAUAGCAAAAAUUUUAAUUUCCUUUGUUAAAAAAUUUCUGUGAGCUAUUGGCUUAAAAAAAGCUCCUUAGAAUAUUAAUUUAGGAAGAAAUCUCUGCUUACCAAUUAGCAAGUAAACAGCCAGUAUAUAAUCUCUUCUGUUUGUAGGUAUUACUGUCCUUGUCCCUAGGAGUGGACACAUCAUUCUCUUAGGUAUUAGUAAUACACAUUCUGCAUUCUUUCAGUCCAUAAGCAUUAAAACAACAUGUGAAUAUGACAAAACAUGCAUUGCGAUUAUGUCACACAGCAAGGAGUCAAGUGAUCAAAAUUUAAUGUUAAAAAUGACACUGCCUUUUACAUUGGAAACUUGUAAGUACCAUUUUUAACAGAGAAUAAGGAAAUUUAAAAUCUACAGUACCGAAUAUACUAGAGUAUAAUACAGAACUGAUGAUUUUGUUUAAUUUUUUGUAGGUGUUUUAAGUUCUUAUAGCCAUCGUUAUUUUAGGCAAGCUUGAAAACUUAAAAUUGUAAAACUGAAGUUAAAUUGGAAAUGAAUUACUUUCAGAAUAAUUUCAAUAAGAUAUAAGAUUUGCCCGUGUCUAAAUAAAUGUUGGCCUAAUUUUCAGAUUAGAUUAAAACAAUCCGUGAUUUUGUGCAGCAAAGAGUGCAUUGUAUUCCUUUCAUAGUAAAGAGUUAAUUACAACCAUGAAGAAUAUUUUGUUAAUCUUGUCCCUUUCAGUAUCUUGCAUAGAUUUUUAUUGUAAUUGUCCUGUUGAAUAACAGUGUGAACAAUAUUGUGUAAAGAGUGUAUUUUGCAUUUGUGGAUUUAAAUUAUUUAUGUAACUAGGGCUCUGAGUAACACUUUUUUUUGCUUAAA